AUGAGUUCGAAUUCUCUGAGGUUUAGUCAGUUAGACGAAGACAAGAGACGUAAGAAAAGCGUCGAUCUUUAUGGGUUCCUCGAGAAGAACAAGACAAAGAUGACGAAUUUGACGAAGAAGACGAAGAGGGAUGUAUUAAAGUAUCCAAUCUCUGAUCAUUACUCUCCCGACCAAAUCUCCCAACUGAUUCAGUCCUUGGAACUAAGUUACUCUAAAUUGCAAGAAAGGCUUCGUUUUCUCGAGGCACAGAACCAGAAAAAGACAAACUUGGAAGAUCACAACGGUUUAAGCCGUCCAAUGUCUCUGAACCAUCAGGUUCAUCAGCAGACCCAAUCCUUGAACCCUAGCCAGUUCUCGCUGGUUAUAUAUAACCAUGAGGAUGCUACUCUCUCUCAAAUCCCACUUUCUGCAUCAAAUUUCAACCAAAGGCCCACUCAGUUCACCAAUUACACAGAUGAUUACUCGAUGAAUCAAGAGCUUUAUGGUUGUGAUCAGAAUAUGUUUUUGGGUAACAAAUUUCAACAUCCUUGCUUCUCCAACACACAAGAUUACUCAACAGUACAAGAAUCUGUGAAUAACUACGGGUUGGAUCAAUUGAUGCAGCAUGAGCUUAAUGAUUAUGAUCAGAACAUGCGUAUGAGUGAUAUUACCAGCAGCAACCACUUUCAGAUUCCUUUCGUCUCACACACACAAGAUUACUCAUCGGAGUCACAACAAUUUGCAAAUAACUACGGGUUGAAUCAGAAAGAGCUUCAUGGUUAUGAUCAAAACAUGUGUAUGAGUGAUAUCACCAACAGCAAUGUUCUAGAUCCUUGUCUCUCAAACACUGUUUCAGAUGCGUUCUGUUCUGAUUUUCAGGACCCAUAUGGUUGUAUGGUCGGUAAUACUAGCUUUUCUCAAGACCUUUCAGAUAUGUUUUCAAGCUAUGGUGUUCAAUGUGAUAAUACUAGCAGUCUACUUCAGACAUCUACUCUACCAUCUCCCUACACCAUUCCUAACUGCUAG